AUGAGUAAAGAAAAUGUUAGUGAAAAUGUUAGAAGAGUUCUAGAAAAAAAAGAAAAAAAAAAAUUAAAAGAAGAAAAAGAAUUAUAUAAAGCUACAAAAGUUAUAAGUAGUCAGAAUAACAUAUUAAGAAAAAUUAUAGCACAGAAACAAUCCUCUUCAACUAGCUUUAUUAAUAAAAUAAAAGAUAUAAAUAAAUCACUUCCUCAUAUUAGAAGCAAAAAUGAAAAAAAUUAUAUGAAAGAAAAUAAAAUUAGAAUACAAGAAACUAUCAAUCAACAAAAAAAAAUGAUAGAAAAACAAGAAGAACUCAAAAAUAAAAAACCUUUCAUAAUGAAAAAAUAUAAAAAUGUAACCUCAAAGGUAGCUAAAAAUUUGUUGGAAGCCCAGCAAAAAGAAGAUAAAAAAGAACAGCAUGGUAGUAAUAAGGAAUAUCAUACAAACAAAGAGGAAGUGGAAGAGGUAGAAGAAGAAAAUCAAGAUGGUAAUGGACACGAUGGAGAUGAAUAUAAAAACGAUGGAGAUGAAUAUGAAAACGAUGGAGAUGAAUAUGAAAACGAUGGAGACGAAAAUGGAAACGAUGGAGACGAAAAUGGAAACGAUGGAGAUGAAAAUGGAAACGAUGGAGACGAAAAUGGAAACGACGACGAUGACUAUGAACAGGAUGACGAUGAAUAUGAAAACGAUGGAGAUAAAAAUGUAGACGAUGACGAAUAUGUAGAAGAAUACGAUGAAUAUGAAGAGUAUGAAGAAGAUGUUGAAUAUGAAGAAGAGGAAACACAAAAUAAUAAUAAACAAAAUGAAAAAAGAGAAGACGAUCUUACCACUAAUGAAACUAAAAGAGAAAGUAGCAUUAUAGAUAAAUUUAAAAAAAAUAAAACUAAUGAACAAAAAAAUGAAAAAUUACAUAAAAAUUUCGGAAAACUACCAAAUUAUAUAUUAAAGAAAAAAAAAGAUGUAAGUCAGGAUUCAUUAGAUACACCCGAAGGAUAUCGUGUCUUGAAAAAUGAAGAAAGAAAUUAUGUUCUUAAAGAAUUACAUUCACAAUUAAAAGAUAUAAAAGAAGAAUACAAAAAUAAUAAAGAUAAACAAAAAAAAAUUCAACUAGGAAAAAAGUUGAAAGAAGUAAAAGAAUCCAUAGAGAUGUUUAGUAAUCCAUAUGUUCUGGUGGAUGAAAACUUCUGA